CACGUGUAUGUACAACUUAUACGCCACGCCGCUGAAUGUUGCGAGAUACACUUUCGAUGAUCGCGACGCCCUAUCACGAUAGUUAUCGUUAUAAUAUUGGCAACGUAUUGAUAAUAACAUAUUGAUAACAACGCGCAAAUUUAAAGAUGAAGCUGAUAGCGCUCGGGCUUAUCCUGAUCUGUUGCAACGUCUGGGCAGCGAAGACAAGCCCAUACGCGAAUAUGAUAGAAGAUGCUCUCAUUAAGCUUAAAGACAAAUUAAAGAAAGGAGACGAGAAACUUGGUCUUCCGGUUAUGGAUCCGUUCAAGUCGGAUUUCCUAGAUAUCGACCUUAACGAGGAUGCAAUAAAAUUGAAAGGGUUUUUGAAGAAAAUCAACAUAGAUGGCUUGUCUGCAUAUGACAUCGUUAAGGCUGACUUCGAGCUAAGCCCUGUUUCGGUAGAUCUUCAUCUUAAGUGGCCGCUGGUAGUCGCGAGCACCAACUACUCCGUAAACGGCAAAGCCGACGAAUUCGAGAUUUUCGGCACCGGAAAGAUAGAUUUGUCUGCGCAUCAAUUCGCUUUCGAAACGCAUGUUGAGGCUGUACUGGACGGUGGAAUAUUUGACGGAUAUUUGAGAAUAACGGACAUGACAUUAAAACUUAUGCUAGAAGCACUAGAGUUUCAAGCGACGGGUCUCUAUGACGACGAAGAGCUGUCCAAAGUAUUGAGUGCCGUGAUUUCUGAUAUGGCACCUAAAAUUGUUACUAGUAAGGACGUAGUAAAAGAGGUUCUUCAAUUUGUGAGAAACACAAUUGACCCUAUCCUGGCCAAAACAAAAUUCAUGGAUCUAAUAAAACUACUUAGCUAAAGUUAUACAGUUAUACAGUCAAAAAUUUUAAUCAAUAUUUAAACGAUAUAGACUAUGAAAAAUUAGGACAAAAUAAGCACGUUCCAAGAGAACAACAAAUACUUAAUUUCUUUACUAAUUAUAAAUUAUUAAUUUAAAUUAGCUAAUAUUUUAUUAAAUAAAUUAGUUGAAAUGCAUGAUUUAAAAUGUUACUCGUCUAUUUUCAUGCUUGUAACAUAGGCAUAUUAAAGAAAAUCUACUACUUAAAGAAAAUCUACUUGCUUUUAAAUCUACUUACAUCAUAUUUGAUACAAAAUUAAAUAUUAAUCCUGAUCUAUAUUCUAGUCUAUCUAUUUUAAAGCAAUAGACCUAUAAAAUACUAUAUUCUUAUCUGUAAUAUUGUACUUUUUUACGUGCACACAUAUCUAUGUACAUACACGUAAAUAUAUAUAAAUAAAUGUAGCAUUAUAUAUUUGUAUAUA